GGAUGAGAACCAGGGAACAGAUGGAAUCUCCAUGGGAUAUUUUUUGGGGGAAGAAACCCAGGUCAGCCAGUCCCGCUGGGCAUCUCCGGUGGCACAGGGAAGCCCUGGAGGUGACCGAGCCUCAGCCACGGCCCGGCUCUGUCCCGGAGCUCCAGGGCUUUCCAACACCUCGGGAUUUCCCAUUUCACCCCAGGGGAGCUCAGGGAACUCCGGCUGGAGCUCCUAUGGAGCUGGAGUUCAUUUCCAGUCUUAAUUAGGGAUUUGACCUCACGUGCUUCCUCCCGAGGGUCACCUCCGACCUCGUGACCGGGGACAGGAGGCAGGGAAUGGCCGGAGCCGUGUCAGGGCACGUUUCUGUGGGAAAUCGGGGAAAGGCUCUUCCAGCAGAGGGUGGUCUGGCACCGACCAGGCUCCCCGCGGAACGCUCACGGCCCCGAGGCCGCCGGAGCUGCAGGAGCGUUUGGACAGCGUUCUCAGGGCGGGUUUGUCGGGCAGGGCCGGGAGGCGGCGGCGGGCGAUGCCCGUGUCCCGCCGCUAUUCCCGGCUCCCUCACACCGCGCCGCCCGCUCCGACCGAGCGCCCUCAGCGCCGGCCCGGCCCCGCCCCCGCGCGCGCCCCGCCCUUCCCGCCACGCCCCCGCCAAUCAGCGCCGGGGGGCGGGGCUGCCGCGGGGCGCGGGAACCUCCGGGCCGCGCUCCCAUUGGCCGGAGCCCGCGCGCCGCCGGGCCCGCGCGCGCCGCCAUCUUAGCGCGGGAGGCGCGCGGGGCUGAGGGGCGGCGGUGGCGGCGUCGCCAUGAGCGCUCCCGGCCCCGAGCCCGAGCCCGCCGCGCCCGGCCCCGGGCCAGAGCCCGCCCCCGCCGCUCCCGAGCCCAACGCCGGCUCCAGCCUCGGCCCGCUGCUCCGCACCCUGCAGGACCCCGGCGCGCCGCCGGGAGAGCUGACGGACGCGCACCUCACCAUCGUCAGCCGCUUGAGUGGUGAAGGAGGCAAAGCAUUCACUGCAGAUUUCAGGAAACACUUCCCUCAGCUCUGCAAGGUGUUCAAGGCACACAUUUCCAGUCCAAACUUGGAGCUCAGUAAUGCAGCAUUGCAGGCCUUGGGCUUCUGCACUUUUAAUUCAAACAACACAGCUGAAUUAUCUGGCACUGAAAUGCAGGAGCUGCUGGCAGCAGUGAACAGCGUUGCUGUGAAAUCCUCGGACAAGAACACUCGCACUCGGGCACUUUGGGUCAUCUCCAAGCAGGCAUUUCCUCCAGAAAUUGUUAGAAAGGAGGUGUCCAAUAUUCUCUCUACCCUGGAAACAAUCCUGACUAAAGGAGAAGUUCAGUCAGUUGUGGUCGAAUAUGAAGCACUUAAUGUCAUUAUCCGCUUAAUGGAGCAAGCCCCGGCCCAGAUGGGAGAAGAGGCUGUGAGGUGGGCAAAGCUGAUCAUCCCCCUGGUUGUCCACUCGGCUCACAAAGUGCAGCUAAGAGGUGCCACUGCCCUGGAGAUGGGAAUGCCACUGCUCCUGCAGAAGCAGCAGGAGGUGGCAGCUGUCACCGAGCACCUGAUGACCACAAAAUUAAUUUCCGAACUUCAGAAAUUGUUUUCUUCCAAAAACGAGACCUUCGUGCUAAAACUGUGGCCCCUGUUUGUCAGAUUGCUUGGAAAGACUCUGCAUCGCAGUGGCAGCUUCAUCAACUCCCUGCUGCAGCUGGAGGAGCUGGGCUUCCGCAGCGGCUCCCCUGUGGUGAAGAAAAUUGCCUUCAUUGCCUGGAAGAGCCUCAUUGACAACUUUGCUCUAAAUCCAGACAUCCUGUGCAGUGCUAAGAGGCUGAAACUGCUGAUGCAGCCCCUGAGCUCCAUCCACGUGAGGACAGAGGCUCUGGCCCUGACCAAGCUGGAGGUCUGGUGGUAUUUGCUGAUGAGGCUGGGACCUCACCUGCCCUCAAACUUUGAGCAGGUUUGUGUCCCGCUCAUCCAGAGUACCCUGAGUGUGGAUCCUGCUGCUGCAUUCCCGGGAACGCCCUCACGGCCAAACAACCCCAGCCUGGGCUCAGCAACCCCUGGGCAGAAACCAGGUGCUUUGCUGUUCGUGAGCCCGGGCACACCCAGGAUGGCCGUGAGCAGCAGCUCAGCAGGAGGGCAGCUCUUCCCUUCCAUCCAGCUCCUGGGCAUGGAGAUGCUGCUCCACUUCCUCAUGGGACCUCAAGUUGUGGAUUUUGCUAAGCAGAACAAGCUCGUGCUCAGUUUAGAGCCUCUCCAGUACCCACUGAUCAGUAGCCCUUCUUUUUUUUGUAAGCAUGCCAGCACUCUGAUAAAUGCUGUUCAGGAUGGCUUUAUUGCGAUUGGAAAAGAAGUUCCUGAUUGUUUGCUGAAUGUUAUCUGGAAGGACAUAAAUGGAUAUGUAAAAACAGCAAUUGAAGCAGGAAACAAGAAGGAGAAGCAGGGCUCAGAGAUCCUGACCCUGUUACUGCAGGCCCUGAAGAACACGGUGAGCUCCAACGCUCUGCCUGUGCCCAGAGUCCUGUCUCUCAUUGACAUCACUGUCAGGGAGUUGCCUCCAAAAGUGUUGGGAUCCCCAGCUUACCAGGUUGCUGAUAUGGAUCUUUUAAAUGGAACUCCGGCUCUGUUCCUGAUCCAGCUGCCCUUCCGGAACAACCUCUUGCCGUGCUGCGUGUUGGAUGAGAGGUUCUUUGGGAUCCUGGAGGCUCUGGUGGGCUUUGCCCUGUCCGGGCCCACCUCUGCGCUGGCUUUCAGCGAGUCUGUGCUCUGCGUCAUCGCUCAGAGCGCAGCGCAGGUGGGCAGCAAGGAGCACCUCUGGAGGAUGUGGAGCAUUGUUGUCAACCCUCUGACCGACUGGAUUAACCAGAAUAACGAGGUGAACCAGGGGGAUGCCCUGGAACACAACUUCAGUGCCGUGUACAGUGCUUUGUUGCUGCCAGUAUCCCACAUUUUCCCCACUCAGGGAUUCCCACAGCCAACCCUGAAAUCCCUGCUGCGCUCCUGGUCUGACCUGUAUCGAGCUUUUGCUCGCUGUGCUGCCCUGGUGGCAACAGCAGAAGAAAACCUGUGCUGUGAAGAGCUUUGUGCCAAAAUAUUAUCUGGGCUAGAAGGUGAAACUCCAGUAGUGUUUUCCAUGCUGGAAGGUCUCACCCACCUUGUGUCAGUCAUGGUUGACUGCAUCAACUUUGCACCCUAUGGCACGAAAUUCCAGCCCAAAAACAGAUCUCCGCAGACCCCCACGGACUGGGCCAAGAAGAAGAAGGAGCCCCUUGGCAAGCUGAGCUCUCUGUUCAAGCUGCUGCUGCUGCUGCUGAACUCCUUCCACGAGCUGAGCGGCGGGGAGCAGCACGCCGAGGCGCUGCUGGCGCUGGGCCCGGCGCUGCUGGGCGCCCUGCACGCCGCCAUCGGCCGCAUCGCGCUGCCCUCCCUGCUGGGCGCCGCCCUGGCCACCUUCUCCCAGCCCCUGGCGCUCUUCUACCAGAAAACCAAGCUCCCUGAGGUACCCAAAGUCUACAGCAACCUGAACAACAAGCUGGAGAAGCUGCUGGCAGAGAUCCUGCAGUGCCUGCAGUGCCACUGCCCGGGCUCCUGUGACACUGAGCUCCUGCAGCAGCUCAGCCCCGUGCUGUGCGUGGCCUUCCAGCACAGGAGCAAGCAGAUCCGCCAGCAGAGCGCCCAGCUCUGGAACUGCACCUUUGCCAAGGCCUCCUCCCUCACCUACCCCGAGGAACUCAAGUCUGUGCUAAGCCAAGCCAAAAAGAAAAUCCCUCUGCUGCUGCCUGGGUUUGAAAGCAUCGAGGUGUCUGAGGAGUGCAGUGGGCCCUUCUCUGACCUGAUGGAGAAUUCCCAGCUGGAUGCAAAGAUCAGUGGAAUGGAGGUGAAGGUGGGACAGAAACGGGAUUCAAUAUUGGCACAGACAGCUGACCCCAAAAGCGAUGGCAAAGACAAGUCCAGCAACGUGCAUGCAACACCUGCAAAGUUAAAGCUAGAAUUUUCAUCUGCUAAGACAACAAGUGAGACGCUUCUGGAAGAGGAGAAGUCUGUUGAUUUUGUGUUUAUUCCUCCAGAAACAAAACCAAGAAUAUUGACAGAACAUCAGAAAGAAGUGCUUAGGUCAAAGAGGGCUGACAUUCCUGCCAUGUACAACAACUUGGAUGCUUCCCAGGACACCACCUCAUUUUCCCAGUACAGCCAGAGCCAGGAGGAUUCUUUGGAAAUGCCACCUUCAGCAGAAAAUGCCAAAGAAGACCCUGCAGACCAACCUCAGGAGGAAAACGUGGGGAGUGAAGGAUGUCACUCAGAGGAGAGCCCAGCCGGCAGCAGCGAGGGGGAGGCCAAAAAUGAGACAGCUGAGAUGAUCGCAGAGGAAACGUCCGUCGGAGAGGGGUUGGAUUCCACAAGUUCUGUGGAAGCAGCUCCCCAGGAGGCCUCAGCAGGGAAGGAGGACACCUCAGAUGUCACCAACAGCUCAGCCUCCAGUGGCAUCAUCUCUGGCACCCCCCAGCCCGUGAGCAGGCGCCAGUCCUUCAUCACCCUGGAGAAAUUUGGGGCUGCAGAGAGCAGGCCCUUCAGCCCAGCCCCACUGAGCUCUGUGUCAGAGCAGCCUGGGAGUCCUCCUGAGGCAGCCACGCAGGAGAACAGCGGUGGCAGCAAGGCUGGUGCUAAAGCAGAGAGAUCUGGAGAGGAAGAUAAAAACCCUCCCAAACCCGAGCCCGCCGCGGUCGCCCGCAGGGUGACGCGCCGCCAGAGCAGGAUGGAGCUGCAGGGCAGUAAAUCCAAGCUCCAGAGCAGGUCGGAGGAGUCCCUGGCCCCUGACAGCCUGGAAAGCAGUGCUGAGCUGGGCUCUGCAGUGCAGGAUGUGGAGCACAUCCUGCUCAGCCACUCCCAGGCUCUGCUCUCCACGGAAGCAGACAUCCAGAAAGCCGAGGACGUCAUCGCGGAAAUGGAGCAGGCCCAGGGGCUGGACAUGGACUCGAAAGAAAACACCCCCCCAGAGAGCAGCAGCUGCUCCGAGCAGGCCCCAGGGGAUGACAGCCAGGUGGCACAAGCGUCCCCGCAGCAGAAGCAGCUGCGGCGCUCCUCCCGGAGACGCUCGGAGGCUGUGGAGAGCUCCUCGGGCAGCCAGGACAAGGAGGAUGGGCUCCCCAAGAGAGACAGGAGGAAAGAGGAGGAGAAAGCUGGCCAGAAGAAACCGUCCCAGGGGAAAGGUGACGGAUCCCAGAAGCAGAAGGGAAUUCCUGGGAAAACGACGGAAAACACAAAAGAGAGCAGCCAGCCUGAGAGAGGGGCGGAGGGCUGGAGCUCCAAGGACUCUCCUGCUUGCAGGGGCCUGGAGGAGGAGGGCAGCAGAGGCGGCAGGAGGGCAGAGGAUGCCCCCAGGGCAGAGGGGGAAGGUCAGGGCAGCCUCAGCAGCUCAGGGCAGAAGAUGGAGCGCCCACGGUACCACACCAGGAGGUCUUCCCAAGGGUUGCUGUCCAGCAUAGAAAACUCCGAGGCUGACAGCUCUGAGGGCAAGGAGGAGAGCACAAAGAAGAAAAAGCCCGUGAAAGUGAGGAGUAGAAGCAAUUCUCUUGAAGGUAAAUUGAAAGAGGGACAGGCAGGGAGCAAGAGCCUUGAGGGAUCUGCCCAGGGAAAUGAAACUAAGAGUCCACUGGAGGUCGGUAAAGGUGAGCCUGAGGUCAGCACAGGUGCUGCAGUGCCAGCUGAGCCAGGUGACCUGGAAAAGCAGGAAAUUGCUGCAGCUGCUGGAGAAGCUGUGGGCUCUGGCAGCUCUGAGAAUCCAGAGGACAGCAGCGUGGAGCAGAGCAAGGGUGAUGCGUCCAUGGAGUCGCUGGGCAGCCCCUGUGUGUCUGAGCAGGAUGGGAGAGCAGCAGAGGAGAGCAAACAGGAGGAGAAGCAGAGCAGCACAGGGGACUGUGCCCCAGCAGCGAGUGUCCCAGGUGCUGAGCCCUCCUCUUUGCAAAGCCCUGAGUGUCACAACAAGAGAAGCAAAAGGGUGAAGAAAAUCAAGAGCUGUGAUUGCUGCUUCAAAAAGCCAAAGCAGCAGGUGACUGAAUCGAAGUUCACCGAGUCCAAAAAGGAGAAAGCUGAGCUGGAGGAGGCUGAGAGCAGCCCAGUUCAGAGCCCAGUCCAGAAUGUCUCUGGGCACUCGGAUUUGGAGGAGAGGCUGGCCCUGGCUCCGUGUGGAAUGAGCACUCCACUGCACCCUCCCAAGGAAGCCAGCACCUUCAGCUUGGACAGGCAGGAGAUGGAUGUGGAAAACCUGCAGGGAAGCUGUGUGGGGGUGGAGGAGGAGAAUCUAGAGGGUUCAGCAGCUGAAACCACCGAGUCCAUGGAGGAAAUAAAGGAACCUGCUGAGCAGAAGGAGCAAACAGAACAGGUUCUGCCUGAGAGUGUUCCUGAAGAGCCCAGGGAGAGCUGCCUGGACUCAGGGGACCGAGGGGAAGAACCAGCAGCUGCAGAAAAAGAGGAAAUAAAUGAAAAUGGACAGCUGGAGGAGGUCCCUGAGGAGCUGAAUGUUGACAGCAAACCUGAGGAAAAGGAGGUGAAGGAGCUAGAGGGAAAUCAGGAGGAUAAAGGAGAAGCUGAGAACCCUGCUGGAGAGACUUGUGUCGUUCCAGAUCAGGAGAUGAAGGAGGAAUUGGUGGAAACUGAAAUCAAAGUGCCUGAAAACGUGGCCUUGGCAGAUCAGAGUGUGGAUUCCCCUCUGAAGGUGGCAGGGGAUCCCUCCGUGCAGGUGGCUGAAAGCCCCACCAGCCUCCAGGCCCGCUGCACGUGGUCCCCCUCAGCCUCCCCGUCCACCAGCAUCCUCAAGAGAGGGGUCAAGAGGAGCCAGGAGGAUGAUUCCCUGUCACCCGCCAAUAAGAUCCGUCGAGUCUCUUUUGCAAACCCCAUUUUCCAGGAGGGCCUGGCAGACGACAUCGACAGGAGGAGUCCCGUCAUCAGAUCCCAUUCCUCACCCUCCUCCAGAAGCCUUAAAAUCCUCUCUAACAUGCAGAUCACAGAGAUGGCCAAGGAGUCCCUGCCGUGCCUUUCGGAGUUCGUGUACCCUGCCUUGGCUGGCUGCAAAGCCCCUGUGGAUGUCAUUCUACCUCAGAUCACAUCCAACAUCUGUGCCAGGGGCCUGGGGCAGCUCAUCCGAGCCAAGAACAUCAAGACCGUGGGAGACCUGAGCACUCUGACAGCCCUGGAGAUCAAAACCCUCCCCAUCCGCUCCCCCAAAGUCUCCAAUGUCAAAAGAGCUCUGAAGGGAUACCACGAGCAGCAGGUGAAAUCUCGAGUGUUCGAGGAAAGCACAGUGCUGGAAGAUGCUGAGAAGCCUGGAAAUGAUGUGGAGGAGAAAUCUCUGAGUGGAGAUGAGGAAAAACUUGCAGCAGACUUGGUGGACACGGGCAGCAGCAGCAGCAGCAGCGAGCAGCCCCCCGUGGAUCUCCUGGGGCAGGUGCAGGCCCUGGCAGCCCAGCUGAGCUCCGAGGAUCUCCAGGGCUACUCGGGCAGGCAGCUCCUGGAGGUGCAGGAGAAGCUGCUGGGGAUGGCCUCGUGCAUCACCAGGACGCUGCAGGCCCGCGGGCACUGCCCUCCCCAGCAGGGCCCCGAGUAGCCGAGCCCUGCCCUGUGAGGAGGACUGGGCUCCAGCGC